GUCAGGUCCCUUCCGACGAUCAUGAGUGUUCCCAAGGCUGUUGUUGUUCCGGCCACCACACAGCACACGGCCACGGUCAUUUUCGCACAUGUAAACGGCCAACUCGGACGACGUUGAAAUCGCUCUAACGAUGUACGGAAGGGAUUGGGAGACACGGGAUUCGGAUGGUUAAUAUUGGCAGAGACACUGAAAGACGCGAUGCCGCAUGUGAAGUGGAUAUUCCCCCAUAGUCCGAGAAGGCCAGUGACGGCAAACGGCGGGAUGGUAAUGCCUGCGUGGUUUGAUAUCAAAUCUUGGUCAAGUGAGGAUGAAGACGAAGCAGGGAUACUCAGAGCCUCCGAGUCCCUCAAGAGUCUCAUCUCGGCCGAAAUUGAUUCCGGAAUACCCUCCGAACGGAUCGUAAUCGGAGGAUUCUCGCAGGGUGGAGUCCUGGCUCUUGUAUCUGGACUCUCGGAGGCUCGCAGACUUGCUGGAAUGCUUAUACUGAGUGCAUUCAUUCCAUUGCGCUUCAGUCUUCGUGAGAGAUUAUCCAUCCACGCCUCCAGCCUGCCCAUAUUCUGGGGCCACGGCGCAGCCGACUCGGUAAUCCCAAUCAAGGCGGCUCGACGAUCUGUCGCGUAUUUGUCGGAGAUCAUGGCUAUUUCUGUCGUUGAGGGCCAAGCCAAGGAUAAAACGCUGCUGUCAUUCAAAGAGUAUACAGGACUGGGCCACACUCUGAAUGACCAGGAACUCUCAGACGUCGGACAAUGGCUUCGACAACUUGUGUACUGAUUGGUCUAUAUCCGUGCAUCGCCCAGACAUGUGCUUAUCCGCAUUGCAUCAUCCCAGUGUGGCAGAUGGCGAGUUUCCAGGAAAGGCACGGCGCCAGCAAGAGCCGCAGCUCGGCCCCGGAAUCUUUGACAGGAAGCGUGCCAACGGUGCGUGUGUGAUGACCGUGAGAGUUACACACCGGCGUAGGAACGGUCAAACUCUUCGAAGGCUUGUCGGAAAAUACGCGAGGCACCGCGGUCCUUCUGAAGGAAAUGCCAGUAGGCUGACGACAUUCGCUACGAUUCCCCUCAUCACAAGCGGCAGAGAUGCCCUUGAGUCACUCGGCUUGACUGCCAAUCUGCUUGUCCAACCCAGGAGGUCCUGAUCAUGGCAAACUCGACACGCCUACCAGGGACUCGGCAAUCCAAGACGGCUUGGGUCAUGGUUGAGAAAUUGUGAACGCGAUUGUAAGCGGCCACUGAGGACCGGCAGAAUGUCCUUAUUCGAAGGUGUUACAUACCAAUACAAAUGACAAAUUCAGCCCAAGGACGUGGCUCGAGAAGAACGCCGAUGUCGUAGCGAGGGAUGGCCCCCCGUCGAACCAUACUCCCCAUCCAGAUCAAUGCGCCGAAAAUACACAUCCAUGUCCCCAGCAUCGAAUUCCGACGUAGACAGCUCUUCGCCGGGCGCAGGCGUUUCCCCCUCUACCUCGGCAGCAUCCGGAGCCCGAGCCUUGCUGGUCCCGCCGCCAAUCCGGUACGUUCGACGUCGUUUGCCCUUGCGAGCGACAGCCGUGCCCACCGCCGGGGGUCGUGGCGGGCCGCUGCGGACCGCGUAGUGGGAAAGGGACCUGGUGUAGGGCGAUAAGGUGUGAUUGGAAUGCGCGAGCAUCGAGAGCUCGUGCGCGAUGUUGGCGCUCAGGGACUGGGGCUCAGUCAACUCGUGAUAGAUGGAUGUGGAAGAUGGCGGUGUCGACAAAGAAUGAGAAGGCGACGGGGACGUCGAUCGAGACGAGCUGGGUGACGGAGCCGAGGCAAAGGCAGCGGAGAAGGGAUUGUACGAGAGUUCAGUUUGUGCAGAGAAGACUGCCGCGGUGGAAUGUGAAGAAACGUUUGGAGGAGACUGCGAAUGGAUGACACGAGGCCGGACAAUUGUACCGCCGCCAACCGCUGGCAUGCGCUCAUACUCCUGCUCAUGGGCCUCCGCAACACUGGGGCUCAUCCCACCCCAGUCGAGCACGUCAUACGUCGUGUCCAAGUCUUCCGAGAGACCCGCCGAUUCGUCGUCGAGUUCCUCCAGAUCAGCGAGGCCCCGUGACGGGGAAAAAAGGCUCUGGAAGCCACGGAAGGCACUUUUCGCCGGGAUUCCUUCCGGACGGAGGCCGUACGUAGGAUCGAACACAUCAGGAUCGAUGAGCAGCGGUGCUGGCGGCGGCGUGGAUGUGCGCCGCGGAAGCGAGGAUCGUGUUGUUCGCCGCGUGAGCUGAGUACGGCUGAUGGAAGGCGAUGGGGUCCGAGGUAGAGGUAACGAGGCAGAGUUUAACAUGUGCACGUUUUGUCGCGUUAGGCUGGGUGGUGCGCUGUGAUGCCCAACGUGCGGCCGGGGAGGCGGAAUCUCCACUUUCGCUUUGACCCAUUGCUGGCUGAGACGGUGGAUGAUACCGGGCAGGUCCUCUCGAAACAUUUGGCGCAGCUGGCCUUCAAUUUCGCGCUGGAUGAAUUUUUGAAUCACAGCGAUAGAAUCAAAGGUGCUAUUGAUGUCCACACUCUGGAGCGGGUCGGUUUUGAAGACGAUGGUGAUGCCCUUUUGCUUCGAGACGACCAGCACAACAUACGAGCUGAGUUUGAAGUGCGAUAGGCGGAGCAGCAUGGGCACCACCAGCGCCUCCUUCGCAGCGAGCAUCCCUCGAGAGCCAGUCAUGAAGUCAAUGUCGGGAUGCUUGUGGUUGAGUGGAUUGGCUUGGACUUUGGUUCGCAGAACCAAAUGCGCAUCUCCGGCGUAGGUGAGCCUAAAUAUUCCACGAAACUGGUCCAUCGUCAAGUCCCCGAUAUCCCGGAUUUCAAGCUCAGGCGGCUGCGGUCCUCUGAGCAAAAAGUAACUCUGCGCGGGUCGAGUGAGCGCACCUGGGUUCCCAUUUCCAACUCCACUACCUCAAUCUUGUCGGCGAUAAUCGGAGGUUUGUUUCCCUUGUUGAGCGCGGUAUUGAGCAUCUGGAUAGCAUCGUAGUGGAACUGGUCUGAGAAUCGUGGCCAGUGGAAGGUAAAGGACAUGACAGGUUCAUCUUCCUCUCGGGGAGGAACUCGCCGGAGAUGUAUUGGAUCGAGCCAGGCAGCCAGGUAACCUUCCGUGCCGAGUCCUGAUGGGGCAACAAAUUGCUUCAACAGUCGUAAACGAAAAAUUUGACAUGACUCCUAUCUCGCGUUUCCCUUUCAUAUCGCAACGGUUCGUAUCAGAUGGCGGGGAAAGGACUCUUGUUGAAAGCGGAUCCCAUCGCGGACACCUUUCGCGAUGAGGUCAAGACUGCCCUCGACAGGACGACGCGUAAACCGCGACUUGUCGGGAUCUUGGCUACGUCCUCGGCACCCAGCAAGUUCUACGCCGAGUUCACAAAAAAGCAAUGCGAAGAUCUUGGCUUUGAUUUUGUCUUGAAACGGACUGGUGCGGCUUUCUCAGAGGAAGCAGGGGAAGGGGAGGGCGUUGAGGAGGCUAUCAUCGAGGCCAAUGAAGAUCCGAACGUCAACGGGAUCAUGGUCUACUACCCCAUCUUCGGACCUCAACAAGACCACUACCUCCAACAGGCGCGUUAUCGCGUUGAUCUAGCGGCGUGCGCUCAUUCUGUAUCCAGGUGGUCUCUCCAUAUAAGGAUGUUGAGGGGCUUCACUUCAAGUUCCACUACAAUCUGUACCACAAGUGAGCUAGCUAUUCAGCCUCCCAUGACGUUCUCUCCUCAUGCGAAUAUCAGCAUCCGCUUCCUUGAACCAGAAUCUCUGCUCAAGUCCGGCCUCCCAACUGCCGUUGCUGUCAUCGAAGGCGAGAACCCACCACCAGGAACUGUCAAAUCGAUUCUUCCCUGUACGCCACUCGCUAUCGUCAAGUGUCUGGAGCACAUCGGCGUGUACAACAAGAUCUUGCCCUACGGCGAUCGCGCCUAUGGCCGCACCGUGACCGUCAUCAACCGUUCAGAAGUGGUUGGACGACCGCUUGCGGCGUUGCUUGCGAAUGACGGCGCUCGUGUGUUCUCGGUAGACAUUGACUCCAUCCAAGAAUACACGAAACGCCCGCAAGUGAGCGGGCAAUCUGACGCCGCCAGAAAAUACCACCCACACCAUGUUGUGCAUCCCUCGAAUAGCACCCUCCAAGAGUGCCUCGCGAUAUCCGACGUGGUGAUCUCCGCCGUGCCGAGCGCAUCGUACAAAGUCGCAACCGAUUGGCUCAAGGACGGGUGCAUCUGUGUCAACGUCGCUGCGGAUAAGAAUUUCGAGAAGAAUGUCCGCGACAAGACCUCGAUGUAUAUUCCUGCUGUAGGCAAAGUGACGAUCUUGAUGUUACUGCGCAAUCUAUUGCGAUUGCAACAGUACAAGACCAAUGUGUAGACUGUGAAAAACCCAGUUUGUAUGAACAUCGCCUCCAGUCUUGGCGUAUACUCCAGCUUUGGCUGGUGGCUGAAGUCUAGUACCCAACUUCGAACGCACCAGAGACCUCCCGAUCUCCGAUGCAAUAUCGUUGGGCCCCUGCGACCACGGAUUCUGUCGAACAAGAUCCCACAGUC